AUGUCUAAGGAUGAUGAGGUCUUCUCCAAGUAUCCUACCACUAUGAGUUGUAUGGAGGCCUUUGAUCAGCUGACAAUAUGCUAUUCAAUUGGUGGUCAAUUUAGAAACUACUAUAGACACGGUAAAUUCAACUCUUGUGAUGACCAGUUGAAGAAAUUUAAAUUUUGCUUAUUCAAUAGUAAGAAUCCAAUUAAAGUUCAAGAGUGGUACAAGGCAAAAUCAGAACAUAGGAAGAGUACAAAUGCUCUCACGGACGAUUUGAUUUGGAAUGAAAGAAGUUGA